UUAUCUAAAAAAUUAAUUAAUUUAAAAAAAACUGCAAUGCCGUCCUCCGAUUACCUGAGCGACAAGAACGCUGUUUUCAGAAAGCUGAAAGCAAAAUCUGAUAACAAGAUGUGUUUUGAUUGCAAUGCGAGGAAUCCAACAUGGGCGUCGGUGACGUACGGGAUCUUUCUCUGCAUUGAUUGCUCUGCCGUUCAUCGGAGUCUUGGUGUCCAUGUCAGCUUUGUUAGGUCUACAAAUUUAGAUUCAUGGUCUCUUGAACAAUUGAAAAUGAUGAUCCAUGGAGGAAACAACCGUGCACAAGUUUUCUUUAAGCAGCAUGGAUGGACUGAUGGCGGCAAAAUUGAGUCCAAAUAUACUUCAAGAGCUGCCGAGUUAUAUAGGCAAACACUAUCGAAGGAAGUCAGUAAAAGCAUGGCAGAAGAGGCGAGUUUGCCAUCAUCACCUGUUGCCUCUCAGUCAUCACAAUCAUCCAAUGGACUUAUUGAUAGCAAGACUGAUGAAGCUCCUAAAGAAAAUUCUUUAGACAGGCUAGAAAAAACAGAAGUCUCUGCUACGCAAAAGUUUUCUCGUACAACUGGUACAAGCACUGUCAAGAAGCCUCUUGGUGCAAAGAAGAGUGGCAAGACUGGGGGCCUUGGCGCCCGAAGGCUUGCUUCUAAGUCGAGUGAAAAUCUCUAUGACCAGAAGCCUGAAGAUCCCGUUGUCCCUUCUGCUUCCUUAACGAAAAACACUGAACCACCAAUUGGCUCAUCUUUUCCAUCGCGUUUUGAGUACGUAGAAAAUGGUCAAUCUACUGAGUUGAAUUCUGGUGGCCCACAAGUGCUUAGCCACGUUGCUCCUCCAAAGUCAUCUAGCCUCUUUUCUGAUUUUGGAAUGGACAGCGGAUUUCAGAAGAAAUCAAGUUCAAAUUCCUCGAAAGUGAAAAUUAGGGAAACUGAUGAAGCUAGGAAAAAGUUCUCGAAUGCAAAAUCUAUUUCAUCAGUUCAAUUUUUUGGUGAUCACACCAGAGCAGCAGAUGAUGAAACUCAAGCUACUUUGCAGAAAUUCUCUCGUUCAGCAUCCAUAUCCAGUGCUGAUUUAUUUGGUAAAGGUGCAGAUCUUGACCUCUCCACAAGGGACCUCAUCAACCGGCUAUCUUUCCAGGCACAACACGAUAUCUCGAACCUGAAGAACAUCGCGGGGGAGACCGGAAGGAAACUUAGCUCCUUUGCAUCCACUUUCAUGUCCGAUCUGCAGGACAGAAUCCUCUGAUGUAUUGUUCUGGGUCUGAAUAUACUCAUGAUUUUGUGGUUUUCAUAUGGCCAACCGAUGGUGAAAGUACUGCAAAGCGGUUUCAUCA